AAGGAGUCAGGAUACAGCGCCGUCCUUUCCCCAGCAGGUCCAUCGGGGCGGCGCGGCUGUACCUCACCUCCCACAUUUUCGUCCUGCACGGCAGUCAACAUGACUAAAUUCGGCAACUUGACGACAGAUUCCGGCGUUCAAGCCCUUAAUGAUUACUUGGGUGACAGGAGCUACGUGGAAGGACACUCUCCCAGCCAAGCUGAUGUGGCAGUGUUUGAGGGUCUGGGUAAGGCACCAAACCCACAGUUUGCCCAUGUCCUCCGCUGGUACUCUCACAUCUCCUCCUUUGGUGAGGGCAGAUCAAAAUUCCCUGGUAGUAAGCCGGCCGUACCAUCCAAGGUGGAGGUGAAAGAGGAGGAGGAUGAUGAUGAGGUGGACCUGUUUGGCUCUGAUGAUGAUGAGGAGGAGGAUGCUGAGGCUGCCAGGGUGAGGGAGGAGCGCCUUGCCAGUUAUGCAGCCAAGAAGGCAGCUAAGCCAGGCCCCAUUGCAAAGUCUCAGAUUUUGUUGGAUUGCAAGCCAUGGGACGAUGAGACAGACAUGAAGGCUAUGGAAGAUAUGGUCCGAACCAUCUCCAUGGACGGACUUGUUUGGGGUGGUAGUAAGCUCAAUCCUCUUGCAUUUGGCAUCAUGAAACUGAGCAUUCUCUGUACAGUGGAAGAUGCUAAGGUAUCAGUGGACGACUUGAUUGAGAAGAUCAUGGAAUUUGAAGACUUCGUGCAAAGUGUGGAUGUGGCAGCCUUCAACAAGGUCUAAGGCAAACCUCCCAAAAGCCUGCUGCUUCCUUCUCCUCAUACCCAGUUUGUUGUCCCUGCCACUUGUUGUCAAGGAAACUCUUCCAUAGUUUUAAAGGAAGAUGCAGAUGUUUUUAUUAAAGCCAUGGAAAAGUUGAA